AUGACUGAUAACGGGAAAAUCCUUUCCUCUCAACGCUCCGAUGAGGAUCAAGAUCUUUUGGAACGAAGCACGAAGAAAACGAAGGUCAAUGUUGGAGAUCCUGGCCUAAAGGCGAUGGAUAUCACUAUGGACUCAUCGUUGAACUCUGCACUGGGUGAUCCAGCGCAGGCUUCGGCAGAUUGUCUCCCGGAACCCCAAUCGCCUGAUGUUGCGAUGAAUGCUGAAACGACCGAUGUUAAUGCUGACGUUGUCGUCCCGAAAACUCAGAUGGAUUCGACUGACUUGAGCGCGUCGGAGGGUGCGAUUCCCCCCGGGGAGGGACUGUUUGAGGUUUCGGUUCAAGAUCUCCCUAUGGGAGGAACUACGGUUCAGAACCGAACUUAUCUUGAUUCUGUGGUGGGUUCAGGAUCGAAUACGGCCCCUUUCUUGAUUGCUAACGCUAGCGAGUCCGAAACUUUGGGUGAGGACGAUGCGCCUGAUCCUAGUGAGGAGGAUGAUGAUCCUACCUGCCCUACUAUUCGUCUUACGGAUCAAGAGAAAGAACGAAUUAGGGAGCCUUGGCGGAAGUCUCUAAUUAGUAAGGUUAUGGGAAGAAAGAUCACUUACUUGAUUGUCAAACAAUGGGUUCCCAAUUUUGAUCCAAUGACGGACACGACGAAAAAGGUACUAGUGUGGGUCAGAUUCCCAAAUCUCUCGGUGGAAUACUAUAACCUUCUAACUCUUCGCAAGAUUGGGAAUAAACUCGGGCGUACUGUGCAGGUUGAUCAUACCACAAGUCUAGUCUCGCGUGGAAAAUUUGCUCGGGUGUGUGUCGAAAUAGAUCUCACAAAACCUUUGAUCUCUCGGUUCACCUUGGAAGAGAAGGUGUGGCAGGUGGCAUAUGAGGGUAUGCACCUCGUAUGCUUCACAUGUGGGCUAUACGGGCAUAGGCGGGAAGCUUGUUCAGUUACCCCUAUUCCUGCUAAUGAUACUGUGGUGGCUUCGGAGGAACAGGUGACCGAUCAUGAACAUGCUCGCACCUCCCUGACUCGUGGUGGUCAGGAGCAGCGCAACUUGCCUAGGUAUCACACUGCCCCUUAUGGCUCUUGGAUGAUUGUAACGCGCAAAGAUAGACGAACGCCAGGAGGAUCGGGGGGUCAAGGGCGGCAGGAUGAACGACUGAAUCAACGUGCCCAACCGGCAGCUGCUAGGACCGCUCAGAGGGCUUCGGGAUCACGGUUUGUUCACCUUGAUGAAGAGUCUGCUGAUGUUGUACCAGAUGAGGUAGUCGCUGAUCGCCAGGGCUUAUCUGAGCAGAAUAAUCAACCUAUGGACACUCUGGCAGCAAAUGAUUCUAAUGCUGUCCCAAACUCGGUUCGUGAAUCUACUCCUACCAGGGGAACGACGUUUAGAGGGGCACAUCCAAGGAGAGCAGUAGAGGAGGAUGAGCACGUGGUUGUUAGAGGCGCGAAUGGGGGUGGUUUAAUUGAGUCAACAAGAGUGUGUACGGGGGAACCAUCAGGUGCUGCUGAGUCCGGCAGUAUUUGUCCCUCUCCGGAACACCACAGGGAUCCGCCGGAGGGUCUGGACCAUGAGGGUGAUGUGGUGAUGGAUAUUGAGGAUAACAGCGAUGAUGCUCAGCGGUGUAUUGUAUGGAACUACCAAGGCGCGGGUGGUAGAGUUUUCCACCGCGUCCUUUCAAAUCUUAUUCAAACCCAUAAACCUACCAUUCUUGGUCUCGUCGAACCAAAAGUCUCAGGCUCCCAGGCAAAUGCUAUUUGCUCAAAACUGGGUUUCUCGGACUGGGUUCGUGUGGAGGCGGUGGGUUUUAGUGGGGGAAUCUGGAUUUUCUGGAACGACUCUAUUAAUGUAGUGGUCACUUCUACUCACCCACAGUUUGUUAUACUGCAGCGAAGUUCUGAAUUUACUGAUUGGAUACAUUCUGAGGGACUCGUUGAUUUGGGUUUUAGUAGUCCAAAGCUUACGUGGAUUAAAUCCAAUCAGUCGGACCUUAUAAAGGGGGCGAGACUUGACCGAGCUAUGUGUAACAUCUCUUGGAGGCACCGUUUUCCGGAGGCUACAGUCACGCAUCUUCCCCAAGUGUCAUCCGACCAUGCCCCCAUUCUCGUUCGGACUGUGGCGACGGAGCUACGUACGACUGGGGCACCUUUUCGCUUCCAGGCUGCCUGGUUGACUGACCAGCGGGUGGUGGAGGUUGUGCGCAACUCAUGGUGUUCAAACUUGCAUUUCAUGGAUAACAUCCCCAGCGUUACGGUUGCUCUAUCUGAUUGGAAUAGGACCGUGUUCGGCAAUAUUUUUCAUCGUAAGAAAAUUGUCCUUGCAAGACUAGAGGGGGUGCAGCGACGGUAUUCGACUAAUCCACAUAGAGGGAUUGUCAGGCUGGAACAGAAACUUAUCGAGGAAUAUCAGACGAUCCUUCAUCAAGAAGAAUUAUUGUGGUAUCAGCGCUCUCGUGAGGACUGGAUCCUUUCCGGGGAUCGAAAUACAAAGUAUUACCAUUUAGCUGCUGCAAUCCGGAAAUCUCGAAAUUCUAUUUCGAGUCUUAGACUCGAUAAUGGGGAGUGGAUUACGGACCCUGCCAAUCUUAAAGCUCAUGACAUCACUCCGGCUGAGGUUCAUUGUGCUCUUUUUGAUAUAGCUCCGUUUAAAGCUCCGGGGUUGGAUGGCCUACAUGCCGCUUUCUUCCCGCGGAUGUGGGAUGUAGUAGGGGUCAGCUUGUGCGACUUUGUCAAGAGUGCUAUCCACACGGGGGUUUUACCUGAGGGUGUAAACGACACUAUUCUUACCCUCAUCCCAAGGAUCAUUAUGAAUUGCAUUCGAUCCUCUCGUCUAUCUGUCAACUGGAAUGGCGAAAGAUUGCCUCAACUCCGCCCCGCGAGGGGCAUCCGUCAAGGUGAUCCAAUGUCGCCAGCUAUUUUUGUUUUGGGUAUGGAGAAACUUAGUCAGAUGAUUACUCUUCGCACCAACUCGGGAGAGUGGAAGGGAGUACAAUUAGCGCUGGAUUGUCCUAUUCUAUCACACCUCUACUUUGCGGACGACAUGGUUUUGUUUGCCGAGGCUUCUAUUGAGCAGGUUGCUGUUAUCCAAGACUGCCUAUCUCGCUUUUGUGAGGUUUCGGGACAGAGAGUUAGCUAUGCUAAGUCCUAG